AUGGAACGGGGUGAGCGUGGAAGCGAGGCAGUGGCAGUGCAGGAAGUGCAGGUCGUGGAGCCGUGGUUUUCGUUCAUUGCCCAAGGGAAGAAGACGGUGGAAGGGCGACUUGCAUCCGACAAGUACACGGGUUUGGGCGUUGGGUGCACCAUUGCCUUUCGGUGCGAACCCACGCCGGAUUUGCCGCCAGUCCACGUGACUGUCACACGCGUGGUGCGCUACCCAAGCAUCGCCCUCUAUUUGGAAGCCGAGGGGCUGUCCCGCUGCCUGCCUGGCAUCGAAACCCUCGCUGAGGGCGUGCAGGUGUAUCGACAGUUCUACACUGAGGAGGACGAGCAACGCCUUGGCGUUCUCGCUAUCCACAUCCAGCGCGCCACCGACCAAUAG